UGUCGAUUCGAGGUCCUUCCCGCCCUGCAGGUCCUAGGGUCGUCACCCCGGAGCUUGUCGUGGGGUGACGCCUUCCGCGGUGCAGCUGGACCGCUGCUGACUUGUUUCCAGGUGGCUCUUGGCAGCCCCCGGGUGAUGACACCCCGUUCUAAUUACUUGCAUUCAUUCUGAGAGUGAUGAUUCUCUGCACCCCCCGACCCUCGCCCCCUACCUACCUCGUAUUCGGAAGUAUUGGGUUUUACAGGUUGCUUAGUGGGCAAGCAUUACAGCAACAGGUGUCAGGGCACCACGUUGAGCACCUUCGAAAGUUUCUUCGGCGCCUGAAGCCUACGAUCAUAAUUUGUUUUAUUGCAAGUGGAAAGCGUGAUCCUAACCCUCAGGAUGCAAACAAAGUAAUAUAAAAUUGGAUGAGCGUAUGCUGUCUUAAAGCAGAAGCACACUCUAUUGGCCAUAGCAUACUCCCUGGCUUCUAUGUUGGCACUGAACAUUCGUUCAGAGGGUUUGCUGUUGCUUCUAUGGCCACGUCACAAACUUCACAAACCGUUGCCGCUCACGUUCCCUUUGCGGAUUUAUGUUCCACGUUAGAACGAAUACAGAAAAGUAAAGACCGUGCAGAAAAGAUCAGGCACUUCAAGGAAUUCUUAGAUUCUUGGAGAAAAUUUCAUGAUGCCCUCCAUAAGAACAAGAAAGAUGUCUCGGACUCUUUUUACCCAGCGAUGAGACUUAUUCUUCCUCAGCUGGAAAGAGAGAGGAUGGCUUAUGGGAUCAAAGAAACCAUGCUCGCCAAGCUUUACAUCGAAUUGCUGAAUUUACCAAGAGAAGGCAAGGAUGCCCUGAAGCUCCUGAAUUAUCGAACGCCCAGCGGAGCUCGCACAGAUGCUGGGGACUUCGCAAUGAUAGCAUACUUCGUGUUGAAGCCAAGGUGCUUGCAGAAAGGCAGCUUAACUGUACAGCAGGUAAAUGAACUCUUAGACUUAGUCGCCAGCAAUAAUUCUGGCAAAAGGAAAGACCUAGUGAAAAAGAGCCUUCUUCAGUUAAUAACCCAGAGUUCAGCCCUUGAGCAAAAGUGGCUGAUCCGUAUGAUUAUUAAGGACCUGAAGCUUGGUGUCAGCCAACAAACCAUACUUAACGUUUUUCACAACGAUGCAAUUGAGUUGCACAACGUCACCACAGACCUGGAAAAGGUCUGCAGGCAGCUACACGACCCCUCUGUGGGGCUCAGUGAUAUCUCCAUCACUCUGUUUGCUGCCUUUAAGCCGAUGCUCGCCGCCGUAGCAGAUGUGGAGCGCGUGGAGAAGGACAUGAAGCAGCAGAGUUUCUACAUCGAAACCAAGCUGGACGGGGAACGCAUGCAGAUGCACAAAAACGGGACGGCGUACCAGUACUUCUCCAGAAACGGCUAUGACUACACCGCCCAGUUUGGCGCAUCCCCACAGGAGGGCUCUCUCACCCCGUUCAUCCACAACGCGUUCCGGACGGACGUGCAGGCGUGCAUCCUCGAUGGUGAGAUGAUGGCCUACAACCCGACCACACAGACGUUCAUGCAAAAGGGCGUCAAAUUUGACAUCAAAAGGAUGGUGGAAGAUUCCGACCUACAGACGUGUUACUGUGUUUUUGAUGUGUUGAUGGUCAAUGAUAGGAAGCUAGGGCGUGAGACCCUGAGGAAGAGGUAUGAUAUCCUUAAUGGCACUUUUACACCCACCCAAGGCCGAAUAGAAAUUGUGCAGAAGAAGCUAGCUCACACGAAGAGCGAAGUCGUAGAUGCAUUAAACGAAGCCAUAGAUAAGAGAGAGGAAGGUAUCAUGAUUAAACACCCUCUGUCCAUCUACAAGCCAGACAAGAGAGGUGAAGGGUGGCUAAAAAUUAAACCAGAGUAUGUCAAUGGAUUGAUGGAUGAAUUAGACCUCUUAAUUGUGGGGGGCUACUGGGGGAAAGGGUCACGAGGUGGCAUGAUGUCUCACUUUUUGUGUGCGGUGGCCGGGAAGCCCCCUCAUGGUGAGCGGCCAUCUGUGUUCCAUACUCUGUGCCGCGUUGGGUCGGGAUACACCAUGAAAGAACUCUAUGAUCUCGGCUUGAAAUUGGCCAAGUACUGGAAGCCCUUUCAUAAGAAAUCCCCACCGAGUAGCAUUUUAUGUGGAACAGAGAAGCCGGAAGUCUACAUUGAGCCCUGUAACUCUGUUAUUGUCCAGAUUAAGGCAGCAGAGAUUGUCCCCAGUGACAUGUACAAGACCGGCACCACCUUGCGCUUCCCACGUAUCGAGAAGAUCAGAGAGGACAAAGAGUGGCAUGAAUGCAUGACUCUGGGCGACCUGGAAGAGCUGAGGGGGAGAGCAUCUGGGAAACUUGCCACAAAACACCUUCACGUAGGUGACGACGAUGAGCCUAGAGAAAAGAGGCGGAAGCCCGUCUCCAAAAUGAAGAAAGCCAUUGGAAUUAUUGAACACUUCAAAGCGCCUAACCUUUCUAACAUCAGCAAAGUUUCCAAUGUAUUUGAAGAUGUGGAGUUUUGUGUUAUGAGUGGGUUGGAUGGUUAUCCCAAGUCUGACCUAGAGAACAGAAUUGCAGAAUUUGGUGGUUAUAUAGUGCAGAAUCCAGGCCCAGACACGUACUGUGUGAUUGCAGGGUGUGAGAACAUAAGGGUGAGAAACAUUAUCUCUUCAGAUCGAUACGAUGUUGUCAAGCCCGAGUGGCUUCUAGAGUGUUUUAAAACAAAAACGUGUGUGCCGUGGCAACCCCGCUUUAUGAUUCACAUGUGCCCGUCAACAAAGCAGCAUUUCGCCCGUGAAUAUGAUUGCUAUGGUGAUAGCUACUUUGUUGAUACAGAUUUGGAUCAGCUGAAAGAAGUGUUUUUAGGAAUUAAGAAACCCGGUGAGCGCCAGACUCCGGAAGAGAUGACCCCUGUGAUCGCUGACCUAGAAUACCGUUAUUCCUGGGACCGCUCUCCUCUCUGUAUGUUUCGACGCUGCGCCGUUUAUCUGGACGUGUAUGCCGUUGUUAAUGACUCGAGUUCCAAAAUCAAAGCAACGAGAUUAGAUGUGACAGCGCUUGAGCUGCGGUUUCAUGGAGCCAGGGUGGUGUCCCGCUUAUCUGAGGGGGUAUCUCAUGUAGUCGUCGGGGAAGAUCAGAGCCGAGUUUCGGACUUCAAAGCUUUCAGAAGGACUCUUAAGAAAAAGUUUAAGAUCCUUCAAGAACGUUGGGUGACCGAUUCAGUAGACAAGGGUGAACUGCAGGAGGAAAACCCAUAUUUGCUUUAGAGCUAGCAAUGAAUGUAGGGAAAGCAUUGUUGCCUAAAGACAAUACUCCUCAGGUAGAAAAGAAAAGGAAUGGGCCAAAACUAAAUCAAAAUGUUCCCUAACAUGACUGAUAGCCGUGGCAUGCAAUGACAGUUCCUAGGGGUGCUUGCGUGGUACCCAUGUGGAAACUAGAGUUUUGAUCCGGAUGUUAGCGAAGUGUGUUCAGAAGUUUUUACAAUCAGAAUUUUCCAAAGUUAAAAUUUUAAUUGUUUUUAGCUAAUGAAGGGAUUACUUAAAAAAAACCCUCAGAAUUGUUAUGGUUAGACUUAUCAAAAUAAGUCUUUUUAUUUGUGGGCUCAAAUGCCUCCUGUAAGCAUGCAGUAUUUUAAUAAACAGUUUUGUAAGGUUUACAGUCAAAUGAAUUAAUAAGUAGAUUUUUUUGAUAAUGUGGGAGAAGUAAAAAAAGAAUCAUCUAAACACUGGACACUUUAGAUGUUAAUUGGUUUUACUUAAGAAGAGCCCUUGCAGUUUUAAGUUAUCUUAGAUUUAACUUGUCUGAAGUAGUUAAAUCUAAGAUAGAAAAAUGUUUGCACUCCAGCAUUAACAGAGCUCCCAGAGCUUGUAUUCUCUCCAUGAUUCCCCCAACCCAGGCGCUGUCCUUACAGUGAGCAAGCUGUGACUUCAUGAGAGAGACCAGGCGCUUUGACUCUUGGAGGCGGCUUGUGUAAUUAGGUUGACGUCAUCGUCAUGUGUGUGUCGUACCUGUGUUUGGAAACGUACUUCCACGGCAGCACUGAAAUGGAGGGAGUGUGGGGACCCAGGGUAGUGGGUAUAAGUUAUUUGUGGUAGUUAUAAUUUAAAUAAAAUUAUUAAAUAUUUAAUGUAA